AUGGAAGAACUUAAUUACAAUUUGCCAACAACAUCAGAAGUAGCUGCACUUAUCGUAGGAGAUAUUGAUAGUGCCGACAAAAGAGAUAUAAUUAUUAAAACGAAGGGUGGAAAGCUACAACAAAUUUCCGAACUUCAUCCUUCUUACCUCGCUAUGCAAUAUCCACUAUUAUUUCCAUACGGAGAAGAUGGAUUUAGAACAGAUAUUAUGCAUAGAGAUAAGACUCCAACAGACGGUUCAACAGGAAAGAGGUUUAAACUCAUAAUGCGUGAGUUUUUUGCAUACAGAAUACAAGAUCGAGCUCUGGAGGCGGCAACAAUACUAUUAUCUCGGAGGUUGUUACAACAAUUCUUAGUAGAUGCUUACACAAUGAUUGAAGCUGAAAGGUUGUCUUUUCUUAGACACAACCAACAGAGCUUGAGAGCCGCGAAUGUCAAGAAUUUAAGAGGUGCUGUUGAAAGAGGUGAAACAGAGGGAUCUUCGACUGGAAGUCAUUUAUUCAUAACAUUUACGUGUAAUCCUAAGUGGCCAGAGAUUACUAGAUUUGUAAAAAAAAGAGGCCUAAGGCCAGAGGAUAGUCCAGACAUCAUAUGUCGAGUUUUUAAGAUGAAACUAGACCAGCUGGUGAAAGAUCUGAAAGAUCGCAAAAUAUUUGGCAGGGUUAGGGCUGUGGUUUAUACAGUUGAAUUCCAAAAGUGUGGUUUGUCGCACGCUCAUAUUUUGUUGUUCAUGCAUCAGGGAGACAAAUACCCUGUUGCUUCAUAUAUUGAUAAGAUUAUUUGUGCUGAAUUGCCCGAUAGAUGUGAAGAUCCAGAACUAUAUCAAGCAGUAAGCGAGUACAUGAUGCACGGCCCAUGUGGGUCAGCAAAUACAAAUGCUCCGUGUAUGAUUGACAAGCAAUGUAGUAAGCAUUUUCCCAAGAGGUUCAAUGAUGCAACUAGAGUAGAUGAUGAAAGAUAUCCAGUGUACAGACAAAGAGAUAAUGGAUCUAUAGUUGAGAAGAGUGGGGUUCACCUUGAUAAUCGGUAUGUUGUUCCGUAUAAUGCUGAAUUGCUUCGUAAAUAUCAUGGACACAUAAACGUUGAAUGGUGUAACCAAUCUAGAUCAAUUAAAUAUUUGUACAAAUAUAUAAACAAGGGAUAUGAUAGGGUUACAGCUGCGGCUUAUCAAGAUAAACAGAAAGAAAGUGAAGCUAAAGAAAUAGAUGAGAUAAAGAUGUACUAUGAUUGCCGAUAUAUUUCGGCGUGUGAAGCAAUUUGGAGGAUUUUUGGAUUCAACAUACAUUAUCGAACCCCUGCUGUUGAAAGAUUAAGUUUUCAUCUACCAGGAGAACAAACCGUUUUGUUUAAUGACCAUGCAGAUGUGGAAUUUGCACAGAGAGAGUGGACACCAAGAGCUAAAGGUUUCACAAUAGGACGAAUCUACCAUGUCUCACCAGGAUCUGGAGAGAAGUUCUAUCUUAGAACUUUAUUCAAUUUUGUAAAAGGCGCAACAUGCUACGAAGACAUUAGAACCGUUGAUGGUUUAGUGUAUCCUACAUUCAAGGAAGCUUGCUACGCAAGGGGGUUACUUGAUGAUGACAAGGAAUAUGUCGAUGUAAUAACAGAAGCAAGUUUUAGAGAAUCAGGGUAUUAUCUAAGACAUUUGUUCUCUAUGUUACUAUUAUCUGGUAGCAUGUCGAAGCCGGAGGAAGUUUGGCAUAAGACAUGGCAGUUAUUAUCUGAUGACAUACUUUACAAGCAGCGUUGUCUUCAAAAAAAUAAAGACCUCCAUUUAACCGAUGAUCAAAUCAAAGCUUUUGCAUUGGCUGAGAUUGAAACCAUGCUCCAAAGUAAUGGUAGCAGCUUUCGUAGAUUCAGUGAAAUGCCGUUUCCAGAUGAACUAAUCAUGUUUGAAGAACAAAACAAGCUUAUAGUAGAUGAGCUUUCAUAUGACAUUGAGGAAAUGACCUUGGAACACACAAAUUCUCAUUCUAGAUUUGGUAUCCCUUUGAAUGUAAAUGAGAAUUCUACUUGCGCCGGAAUUCGCCCUGGGUCGGAAUUAACUGUUCUUCUCAUUAAGACAAAACUUAUCAUUUGGGAUGAAGCUCCAAUGAUGCAUAAGUAUUGUUUUGAAGCACUUGAUAGAAGUUUGAGGAACAUAAUGAGGUUUGUUGAUCGGGAUAACUUGCAUCGACCAUUUGGAGGUAAAGUGAUAGUAUUCGGUGGUGAUCUCAGACAGAUAUUACCAGUUGUACCAAAGGGAACUAGGCAGGAUAUCGUGUUCGCCACCGUUAAUUCGUCUUACUUAUGGGAUUCGUGUAAGGUCCUAAGACUUACUCGGAAUAUGAGAUUACAAUCAGGUUCCUCGAAAUCUUCUGUUGAUGAAUUGCGAGAAUUCUCAGAGUGGAUACUAAGCGUAGGAGAUGGAAAUGCUGGCGGUCCUAAUGAUGGUGAAGCCGUCAUCGAGAUUGCAAAAGAUAACUGA